AUGCCCGCGGCAGCCACCCGUGCGGGGCAGCCAUCCGUGCGGGGCAGCCUCUCGGGGCGCAACGCUGGGAAAACAGGGUCCACCCAGCACCCACCUCCUGGCAAUGGGUGGGCAUCCAGCGUCCUGCUCAUUAAGUGGCAGACAGGGCCCAACCCUCCCCGACUUGAGAGUGAUACAUGCUUGUCUCAAGACGUCAACGUGCUAGAGAAGGCUCUACACACUGAUCACAGAAGGCCACUAGCCAUCUGUGUCCUUCUGACCGUGGAGUUCCUGGACACACGUCCGUGGGCCACAGACAGGGUGGAGAAGACACGGGUCACCCCGCCGCACCUCGGACUUCAAACCCCGGACCGCGCCUGCCCCGCCGGACGCCGGGACACGGCCGCUCUCGGCCCCCAGCACGGCCAGGCCACGCUCUGUGCGGCCAACCCCAAGGCCGCUCCUCCUCGGAGACCCCCGCCGCGGCCGGUACGUUCGCCGCUGCUCGCCCCGAGGUCGGUCUGCCGAGACCCGCUCUGCGCGCUGCCGGCCCCACCGAACCCCUCCCCAAAGCAGCCCCAGCGCGGGCAGGGCCGGAGAGGCGCCCUCCAAGCACCGAAGAGCGGCCGAGGUACGACGGUCCCGAUUCGGUCUCCGAGCGUCGCUGACCGCGAACAACUCACCGCGAACGGAACGUCAGAUGUAAAUCGGGCCGGACCCGGCCGGCUCCUCCGGGUGCCACCUCGGCCUCCCGCGGGGUCCGGUCUCCGGAGGGCGCGGGGCACCGUGCGCGUGCGCUCCCCUCCGCACGGCACCGGGAGACGCGGCGCCCCUGGAGCUCGGAGCCGGGGACACGGGGUCGCUCGUGCGGCCGGCUCGCAGCUCCCCGGGGCAAGGCCGGCCCGGGCGCAACGCACGCUUUCCGGCGCGGCAGUCCGGGGCCGGAGCGCGCCGGGCCCCGCGAGGAGGCACAGGGACCCUCACCCACGGCCACCCCACGCGACGCCCGCAGGCUCCUGCGCGCCUGCGCCCCGCCAAACCCCGCAGCGAGGGUCGGGAAGCGGCUCCCAGCGCUCCGCCCCUCCCCGCCCCCCGCACGGGCGCCGGCCAAUCGCCGCGCGCCGCGCGCCCCGGCCCCGCCCCCGGCCCGGGCCCCGCCCUGCGACCCCGCCCCCAGCCCGCGCGCCGCCCCGCGGCCCCGCCCGGCCGAGCUCGGGCCCGCGGCCGCGUCACAGGCCGAAGCCCCAAACAGAAAAGUUUAAUAAACAGCGGACGGAGGCCGGCGGCGGCGGCGGCGGGGCCGGAGCGAGCAGGGGUUCGGCGGCCUCACCUGUCCCCACUCUCCGGCGGCGACCGGCGGCGGCGGGCAGCGCGGCGGGCGGGGAGGGCCGCCGCCAGGUGAGCAGCGCGGCGGGAGCCGGGGGCCGGGGGCGCGGGGGCCGGAGCCGCUCCCUUCCCCCACCGGCUGAGGCGCGGCUGAGGCGCGGCCGCGGCGCUCCCCCGCGGGCGGACGGAAGCCGGGACGGCGGGCGGGGGGCAGGGCGCGCCGGGGGCUGCGCUCGCGGACCCCCGCCCCUGCUCCGAGCCGUUGGCAGGCGGGGGGUGGCGUGGCGGGAGCCUCCCCCUGCUGCGCCCGCGGCCCCGGUGGGGCGGUCCGUCCUGUCACGGCGCGUUCCGGCGGCGCGGGUGUGGGGGGCGGGGGUCCCGAGCGCCCCCACCCCGUCCCCGGCAGCCGCCCUUCCUGCGCUGCGGGCGGCUGCGGUGCCGGGCGGGGUCUCCCUGGGACCCGGUGCGCGCUGGAAGUUGGGGGCCGUGGGCGGCCGCCCUGUGAGCGGCGCUGGGGCCCGGCGCGAGGGCUCGGCGGGGUUCGGCUUCCCGACAGAGCCGCGGCGGCCUGCGAGGUUGGCCCGGGGUCCGUUGCCCGCCGGCGACGCACGGGCCCGCGCUCUUUUCCUGCAGAGGUGCCCUUCGCGUUUCUGCAACAGGUCGCCUCUACACCUGCUCCGCGCGCGUCUCGCAGCGCCCGCGGGCGGGGGGCCGGGGGGCAGGGGGCGUCCCGGGGGCGGGUCCUCCCCGAACGCGCAGGGAGCGGACGCGCGUCGGAGACCCGGCGGCGAGCAGAGCCGCGACGGCGGCCCCCCCGCGACGGCGGCACCAGCCCGCAGCCGGCAUCCGCUCGCCGGGGCCUCCUCGCCCGGCACCUCGGUGCGUCCGGUGCCCCGUGUUUAUCACGGCCCGCGUGGGCGGGAGGACACGGGUUCGCCCGCACGUGCGUGCGCUCGGACCGCGGGCGACGAGUGCUGUCCGCUCGGGCCGGGCCGGGGGCUUCGCGGCGGCCCCCCGCCCCGCGACUGA